UGGGGCUGAUGUAAACUUGGAUGUAAAUUUGUAAUCAUAUUGAUAUCAAUAUCCUGUGGCAUGUAAAUUGCGGUGUUUGGAGUUAUGUUUCCGGGCUCAUUGAGGACAUAUUUUGAUAUCCUUAGUAUAUAUCAUAGUUAUUUUAAUGAAUUUGAUUGUAUUUUUUUCGGAUUGAAAGAGUUAUAAUAGAGCCAGAACUUGAACUCGGCGCUCGCUUUGUGCGUGGCUUGAGCUGUGUGACUGACCACUUACACUGAGCAUGAAAUAAAAUCGGAUCUCUUUAAUGCUUUAGGAUCUAUGUGACUAUUAAGACUUGGUAAAGGCCAAAAUAAUUGUUUGCUAAUGAUCUGACCAGAAUGAUGGAGUUCACAAGAAAAGUGUCUGAUGUUCUGGCAUGCUCCUUCAGCAGCUGGUACCCACUUUUUGAAAAAGUCACCACAAAAAGUGUGUGGGUCCCGGUGCCGGCCGAAGUGGCCGCCUACAUCCGGAGCGGCGGUACGGUGGUCUCCAGCGAGGCGACGACGGCCGACACCAACACGGACGACGAGGAGGACUCGGUCGACUGGGAGGCCGCCGAGGAGGGCGCCGACGAACUGCAGCGUCCCGAGUUCGCGCCGUUCGACGCCGAGUUGCGCUCGGCCGUGGCGGCCGUGGGCGGCGCGGCCUUCGUCAAGCUCAACUGGUCGGCGCCGGCCGACGUGCGCUGGCUGUCGGUGGGCCGCGCGCUGCGCUGUCAGAGUCCAGAGGACGUGCAUCUGCUGCUGCGCAGCUCUGGCCGACUGCAGCGCGACCUGUGCACGCCGUUCGAGGGCUGCGCAGACGCCGGCGCCGCCUCUGCCGACCUGCACCUGGUGGUGCGCCGUUGGGAGGACAUCAACCCCGCCGCAGAGUUCCGCUGCUUCGUCAUUGAGGGACACCUCAUCGCGAUAUCUCAGCGGGAAAUCAGUCAGUACUUCCCGCACUUGGAGCGGGACUCGUCCAGCAUCAUCACAGACAUUACCAGUUUUUUCAAGGAGAAAAUCCAGGCCAAGUUUCCCCUGCAGAACUACGUGUUUGAUGUGUACCGGUCGACGAAGGACCACGUGCGACUGGUGGACUUUAGUCCUCUGGCGCCGCCCACCGACCCGGCCCUCUUCACCUGGGACCAGCUCACAGGAAAACACUGCCUCAGGUGCGAGUCCGCCCCGUCGCCGGGCAGUCCGCUGUGCUUGGGCUGUGCGUCGGCCGGCGGCGCGCUGCCCGUGUUCCAGUACAUCGCCGGAGCGGACAGCAUUCAGCGGGCGCCGUACGCCGACGCCGAGCUGCCCUACGACGUGCACCACCUGGCGGAGAGCGGCGGAACGGCGGCCAUUCUGCAACUCCUGCAGAAGAGUCAGAACCUGGGCAAGUCGGACCAGAGCACUGAUGACGAGGACGGCUGACGGCGCCACCGCGGCUGUACUGUGACAGCUGCUACCGGCUGACGGACCGCGACUGACGGGGUGGAGGCAGUCUUGCGGUUGUAGCGAUCAUCCACAGCUACUGCGUCCGGAUCUCAAGGUGACUUAUUUUGCCAUCACACGUGCGAUCUCCUCACCCCAGCCGCAAGCGAGAUAUUGGUGCUGCCCAUCGGCCAAACCCGACACCUGCUGGCUUGAUAGUAUCGUUAAUAUUGGAACGUUCAGACGUGUUGCACGUUUUGUUGACUAUGUAACCUGGGAUCAGGAACAUCAAUAACAGCGUAACGCAUUUCAUGGCCGGAGACUGAGUCAAUACAACGUUGGUGCUAUCA